UCAACGUGAUUCGGUCGAGUACGGUUCGAUCUUCCAGUCCGCGAAGCUCAAAGCACCAAACAGAUUAAUCCUACCGGACAUGGCCGAGUCACCUCGAGCUUUUUGCCUGGCUCGCUGUCCUAAUUUCUCUCACCUCUCUAUUUUCCCCUGGUCGAAACCCUAACCCAAGCUCUGACCCAUUAAGGCUCCAUUGAUUCACAAAGUUCGCGUUGAAUGCAUAAGGAGGACAAACGGACAAAGAGAUGGACACGCAGUUCAAUCACAAUCUAUUCGAACGCCGCCCCAUUAUAAAGUCCAGGACCCCUGCAGUCAAGUGGUUUAAGGAGUGGGUUCCCCAAGAUGUUGUAGCAACUGGUGGGAAGUGUUUUGUCUUGAAAUGGGUCACAGAGGAAACCUUGAAGGCCUUGAAAGAAAAGGCAAAAGAGCUAGAGGCACCAGAGCCAGAACCAGAACCAACGACUGAAGUACUUUUCCUUUGCAGCUAUGAAGGUUGUGGCAAGACCUUUAUUGAUGCCGGUGCUUUGAGGAAGCAUUCUCACAUCCAUGGAGAGAGACAAUAUGUUUGUCAUUAUGAAGGAUGUGGAAAGAAAUUUUUGGAUAGUUCAAAAUUGAAAAGACACUUUCUCAUUCAUACUGGAGAAAGAGAUUUCAUUUGUCCUCAUGAAGGCUGUGGUAAGGCAUUUUCUCUGGAUUUCAACCUAAGGUCACACAUGAAAACACAUUCACAAGAAAACUAUCAUAUAUGCCCAUACCCAGAUUGUGGAAAGAGAUAUGCUCAUGAGUACAAGCUGAAGAACCACAUUGCAUCUCACCAUGAAAAGAGUGUGACCAUGGAUGUGACAAAAUACACACCUCCCACAGAGAAGCAGAACAAAACUCCCAAGCCUUCUUCUGGGGUUUAUGGCUCUGCAUCAUCUGACCGCCCUUAUGCAUGUCCUUAUGAAGCGUGUGAUAAGGCCUACAUCCACGAAUACAAGCUUAAACUCCAUUUGAGGAAAGGGCACCCUGGCCACAUGUCUGACGAGAAUGCAGAGAAUGCUCCAGCUAAUGUUGAUAAUGAAAUGGAUGAAGCCAGUGACCAAGAUGCCUAUGUUGGAAAACGUGCAAAUGGCAAAAAUCAGAAACAAAGCAGUAGGCCCAAACCGAACUUGAAGUUGCCUCCUCCAAAAGUUGCACAGCGUAAAGGCUCGACUCCAUCUGCUAUCCCUGUGAAUGUAAUGAAAAAACCAUGGCCGCUCAAAGAAGAAGGCUACGAGGAAGAAGAUAGUGAAGAAACAGAGGAAGACCGCGACAAUGUUGAGGAUGGUUGGAGAUAUGCAGAAAACAACGAGGACGAUGAUGAAGAAACGGAUUUUGAAGACUAGUAGAUGUUAAUCAUCAUGGCUCUCCGAAUUUAACCUACCCUAUUCAUCUCUCUCUCUCUCUCUCUCUCUCUCUCUCUUUCAACUUUCUCUUUAAUUAUUAUUAUUUUUUAUUGGCCACCGGCUCUGCACUUUUACCCAUUUUCUCUUCAAAGCAUAAGGAGAAAUAAUGAAAUCCUAAUAAAACUUUACAAUGCUUGUUUUCCUGUU